CGGACGAGAGCCGGAGGAGGCGGUGGGUGGAGGUGGCGGCUGCAACGCGGGUUCCUGAGGAGAAGGAGGAGGAGAAGCGGGUGAGGGGCGGCGCGGGGCCCGACCUCUGAGCCCCCUCUUGGCCCCCGCCCCGCGCCGCCCGGCCUCCCAGUCACCCCCUGAACCGGCUGUCCCCGGGCCCUUCCUCGAACCUUGCGGUCCAAGUCUCCAGCCCCGCGGAUCUACGCGCUCCUCACUCGUACCCUUCCCUGCACCCUUGGAGCCCAUGCAGAUUCCUCUCUCACUCUCAGGACUUUCCUUGUGCCUUAGGAGUCGCUCCUUGCCCCACCAGGGCCCAUCCCCACCACCUUUUCCUGCCUCGUAACCUACCCUGUCACACUCUGGGCACUUCCUGACUCCUGUCUCGCUCUCCUGGUCUCUGAGGCCCUUCCUCUGACUCUCUGCUUCCCCAGCCCCCUUCUGCAACCUUCCCAGGCUCUAGUUAGCUACUUAGCGCUCUCAAUUCCCUCCUCGAACCCCUAGGAUCUUUCAGGUUUCCAUCACUUCAAAUCCCCCAGGACUUCCCUCAAACCCUGCUUGGCACCGCUAAGCCCUUCCCUUGGACCCCAGGCAUAUCUACCCUUUGGAUUUCGUGGGCUCCUCCCUUGCAACCUCAGGUGCCUUCUCCCCCCACCUCCGCCAAUCCUUUCUGACUUCCCUCCAUCUUUCUCUCCCCUUUCUCUCCCUUCACACCAUACUCCCUACACCUCACUUUGUCUUUUCCCAGCUUCCAGGCUUUUUUUCUAAGCACCCUCUUCAUUUAACCCAGACCUGGUUUUUUUGUUUGCUUGUUUGUUUUUUUUUUUUUCCAGAUCUUUCUCCCAGAGUGGCGGAGUGUGUCUUGCCACACUCUGCCUUCUUGCUCUCUCCCAAAGCGCAGAAUUGUCAGACACACCACAGUGAGGGUACUGGGUAACCUGUCCCUCCAUUUUAUUUGAUUUGGUUUUCUGAAUCUAUUUUUUUCCUCUCUUUGCCUCCGACCCUUUUGUUUUGACUUGUUCCUCCUCUCCUUUCUGUUUCUCCCUUCUUCCUGUUUUUGUCCUCUUGAGGGCUUCCCUUUUGCUGGAAUCCUCCGAGAGGCAUUAGGGACUGGAUCCUUCUUCCCCUAAUGGCUGCCUGGGUUCCACCCACAACCUUUUGACCACUCCCCAGAGGAGGGUGACCUUGGAGGGAGGUGCUGAAGACGAGAGAAUCAGCCUAGCAGGGGGUCAGCAAAGGCAGGCCAGAAGCUCCAAUGGCGUUCCUUUUCCCCUUUCUCUUGAUGAGAGCCCAGCUAUCCCAACUCCCUCCUGCCAUGCUAAGCCUUGGGAGUAAUGUCAGACAGUUAAUUAAUCUUCCUUCCCCCUGGGUACACAGGGACCUGUCUCCUACAUGUGCACUUGGCAAAGUGGCCUUUGUGUGUGCUGACAUUCGUGAAAGUGUCCAUGUCCUGGGAAGAUAAGCAGGCUCUGGGGCCCACAGACACCCCAUGCAGCGCCUGAGCGGCACAUCCAUGCUCUGUGCCAGAGCAGCAUGGUUUUUAAAGCACCAUGGGGCCUGAUCGAGUGACAGCCCGAGAACUGUGCGAGAAUGAUGACCUGGCCACCAGCCUUGUUCUUGACCCCUACCUCGGCUUCCGCACCCAUAAGAUGAAUGUCAGUCCUGUGCCCACCUUGCGACGACAACACCACCUUCGCUCAGCACUGGAAGCUUUCCUAAGGCAACGGGACCUGGAGGCUGCAUUCCGUGCCCUGACACUAGGAGGCUGGAUGUCCCACUACUUCCAGAGCCGUGCCCCUCGGCAGGAGGCUGCUCUCAAGACCCACAUUUUCUGCUACCUCCGCGCCUUCCUGCCUGAGAGUGGCUUCACCAUUCUGCCCUGCACCCGCUACUCCAUGGAGACCAAUGGGGCCAAGAUUGUGUCUACCCGUGCUUGGAAGAAGAAUGAGAAGCUGGGGCUGCUGGUGGGCUGCAUUGCAGAGCUGCGCGAAGAGGAUGAGUACCUGCUCAGGGCCGGGGAGAACGACUUCAGCAUCAUGUACUCCACCCGAAAAAGGAGUGCCCAGCUGUGGCUUGGCCCAGCUGCCUUCAUCAACCAUGACUGCAAACCCAACUGCAAGUUUGUGCCCUCAGAUGGGAAUACUGCCUGUGUGAAGGUGCUACGGGACAUUGAGCCAGGGGAUGAAGUGACUUGCUUCUAUGGUGAGGGCUUCUUUGGCGAGAAGAAUGAGCACUGUGAAUGCUAUACCUGUGAGAGGAAAGGCGAGGGAGCUUUUAGACUUCAGCCCAGGGAGCCUGAGCUGCGACCAAAGCCCCUGGACAAGUAUGAGCUCCGAGAGACAAAGAGGCGUCUGCAGCAGAGCUUGGUCAGCAGCCAGCAGGGCCUGAUGAGCCAGUGGGCCUGCUCCCACCUGUCCCCACUGCGCCCUGACCCAUUCUGUGCUGCCUGCCAGCCCUCAUGCCUGCUGCCUGCCAGCCCCCACAUGGAUUACUUGCCCCUUUGGCUCCAGCGGGCGCCUCAACCCCAGCCCAUAGUACAUCCCAGGAAGCGCCGCCGCCACCGCCUCCACCGCCGCCCCAGGAUCCAGGCUUCAUUGCCCCCUGUCCUCCGCACUGCCUGUAUCCCCCUGCACCAAUGGGGAGGCUGUGGUCCCCACUGCCAGCUACGUGCUGAGGCCAUGGUGACCCUACACCUGCUCCCCAAGACUCGCUGGACCCCACAACAGGACUGGUACUGGGCCCGGCGCUAUGGGCUACCUUCUGUGGGGCGUGUGGAACUUACCCGCCUAGCCCCAGCCCUGCCAGCUGCUCCUGCCCCUGCUGGGAACCCAGGUCCUGUCCCCACUCCUGACUUCAUCCCUAAGCAGGCCCUUGCCUUUGCUCCGUUCUGCCCACCUAAGCGCCUCCGGCUAGUGGUCAGUCAUGGUUCUAUUGAUCUGGACAUCAAUAGUGGUGAGCCAUGAUAGGCUGCUUACAGGGAGCGGAAUGGAGUGCAGAGUCUCUGUCUUGGAGCCCUCCAGAAGGGAAGGAGGAAGCUGACCCAGGUCUGAUCGUGGGAGUGUGUUGUUUGGGACAUCCCUAGAGAGCUGAUCCUUGUUCUAUGAUUGCUGACCCCUGAGCCAGCCCCAACCCAGCAGGGAGCCCUGGCCAUUUGAUGUACCCAUCCCUGCCCCCACCUCAGGACUAUAGGAGUCAUCCUCCUCUCUCAGCCUCUUCCUCCCAGGGAGCAAAGCCAUAAGGGGGGAGGGCACUCCAUGGCGACUCUCUAGAAGGCCAGGCCUCAGGGGGUGGAAUUGACUUGGGGGUUUGCCUUCCCCUGAGCUGCUCCCACAAUGGGGAGUGAGUUGGCUCUCAGCUCUACAGUUGAUGGAGGUAGGGGCUGUCAGAUGAGGUGGGUGGUACCCAGGGGCACAUCCUUGGCUCUGCCCCAUGGGUCUCAGGGAGGCCAGGUGUGACCUCAUCUUUUUCACGGUGCUAUCCCUGGUGCUACUGGGGUGUCGGGAAGGCUUCCUCUCCUCCCCACACCGGAAUGGGGGAUGAUGGGGGAUUGGAAGAACUUGAACUUUUUAUUAAAAUAUUGUAAGUCCUUA